UCCUCUCCGGCUAAACGGAGCGAACGGAGCACGGAUAGUAAAAUGGCCGAGAAGCAGAAACACGAAGGCAGGGUCAAGAUAGGACACUACAUCCUCGGAGACACGCUCGGAGUCGGCACGUUUGGCAAAGUGAAGAUCGGAGAGCACCAGCUAACAGGGCAUAAGGUUGCUGUUAAGAUCCUGAACAGGCAGAAGAUUCGCAGUCUAGAUGUGGUCGGCAAAAUCAAACGAGAAAUCCAGAACCUCAAGCUGUUCCGGCAUCCACACAUCAUCAAGCUGUAUCAGGUGAUCAGUACUCCCACAGACUUCUUCAUGGUGAUGGAGUAUGUAUCUGGAGGGGAGCUCUUUGACUAUAUCUGUAAGCAUGGAAGGGUAGAGGACAACGAAGCACGACGUUUGUUCCAGCAGAUCAUCUCUGCAGUGGACUACUGCCACAGACACAUGGUGGUGCACAGAGACUUGAAACCUGAGAACGUCCUUCUGGACGGCAACAUGAACGCCAAGAUUGCUGACUUCGGCCUGUCAAACAUGAUGUCAGAUGGGGAGUUCUUGAGAACAAGCUGUGGUUCACCAAACUACGCCGCUCCAGAGGUCAUCUCUGGAAGACUGUAUGCAGGUCCGGAGGUGGAUAUCUGGAGCUGCGGUGUGAUCCUCUAUGCUCUGCUUUGUGGGACUUUGCCCUUCGAUGAUGAGCAUGUACCCACUCUUUUCAAGAAGAUCCGUGGAGGAGUCUUCUACAUCCCUGAGUACCUUAAUCGCUCUGUGGCCAGCCUGCUGAUGCUCAUGCUCCAGGUGGACCCUCUGAAGAGGGCCACAAUCAAAGACAUCAGAGAAGAUGAGUGGUUUAAGCAGGAUCUGCCCGGCUACCUCUUCCCAGAGGACGCUUCAUAUGACAGUGCUGCGGUCGAUGAGGAAGCUGUGCGGGACGUUUGUGAGAAGUUUGAGUGUGCUGAGGCCGAGGUGCUCAGCAGCCUGUACAGCGGUGACCCGCAGGACCAGCUGGCUGUCGCCUACCACCUCAUCAUCGACAACCGUCGUAUCAUGAACCAGGCCAGUGAGUUCUACCUGGCCUCCAGCCCACCCGCUGGCUCCUUCAUCGACGAGAGCAUCAAGCCACACCCUGAGAGGAUGCCCCCACUGCUGGCAGACAGCCCCAAGGCCCGGUGCCCACUGGACGCCCUGAACACCACCAAACCCAAACCUCUGGCAGUGAAAAAGGCUAAGUGGCAUCUUGGUAUCCGCAGUCAGAGCAGACCCUACGACAUCAUGGCUGAAGUGUACCGUGCCAUGAAGCAGCUUGAGUAUGACUGGAAGGUGGUGAACCCGUAUCACCUGAGGGUGCGCAGGAAGAACCCAGUGACUGGAAACUUUGUGAAAAUGAGUCUGCAGCUCUAUCAGGUGGACAACCGCAGUUAUCUACUGGAUUUCAAAAGCAUUGAUGACGACAUCAUCGAGCAGAAAUCUGGCUCGUCCACACCUCAGCGCUCCGGCUCUGCUGCAGGUCUUCACCGGCCCCGUCUCAGCAUCGACUCGGCAACCGUCGCUAUGGAUAUACCACCGCUCAGCAGCUCACUGCCAUGCUCUCUGCCAGGCAACAUGCCCAUGCUGGCAGCACGACAGGGCAGCCAUACCAUGGACUUCUUUGAGAUGUGCGCCAGUCUCAUCACCACACUGGCACGCUGAAACUCACACACACACACACACACACACACACACACACACACACACUCACACAUUCACCAACCCACCCAUUUACGCACAGUGACAGGAAUCUGUAGAUACGUUAGAGGGUUAAUCACAUGACCUCUGUAGAUUCAGCUACAAAUUACAAUUCUCACACCGACAGUUAGACAUGAGUAUAGACGUGAUGCUCGCUGCUAUACUGACUGUUCAGUUCAUUGAAGCAGUACGGCAUUCUGGGGCCUUUCCAGGUUUCAGAGCGCUUCAUCCAUUUUGUUUUUAUAUACAUAACAUUUUGAUAAUAUAAUCUAUUUAUAUUCUCUUAUCAAUCACUUUAGUAGCUGAGUUGCUGGUUGAUUGCAAUGACAUACCAAAAAUUAAGUUUAUAUACAUUCAAAGAGAGGAUGAUUAUACAUUUAUUAUAUAUUAGAUUAUUUAUUUUUUAGAGACAUUUUAUGGUAUUUAGUUACUUUAUUUAAGUACUUAUUAGUUGAGUGAUGAAUUAAUUGCAGGUAUUCUGAACAAUGGCGUGUUGUGAAAAGGCAGUUUGAGCACUGAGAGCCUAACAAGCACGUCAGCAAAUACACACCACCGAUGUCGUAGAGCACAACACGAGUGCUGCUGUUGCUUUGCUUCGAGCUCAAGUAGCAGAAGCAAGUGUGCAACUCCUAGGAUUUUCCAUCUGUAAGUAAAUAUAGAUGGUUUCCUUUAGCGCAGUGCCUUUUCUUUUAGAUGCUGGAUGGAUUUGUGCUGUUAACUCGUAAAUUAAUGGAAUUUUCAGUCAGACUCGGAUAACUCAACACAGCACCACAAGCAGAAGCUGAAGAGAAAAUGCGAGAGAGUGAUUGAGUGCUGUGCUCAGCACCUCAUACUGGCCUUGAUCAAGGAGAAAAUGUAGAGGCACAUCCAGGGCCUGAACUCUGGCACAGAGCGAGAUUUAGAGCAUGAGGAAGGGACAGGGAAAGAGAGAACAAGACAGAGAGGCCAAAAGAAGAAUAGUGGAAGAGAGACUUA